CGUGACUUUUCCGGGGGCCUUGGGGCGUCUCCGCUUUUUCCCUUUAAAGUAAAACGAUCCCCCGGCGCACCCCCGCGCGUUCCGGGCCGGGAGGCGGCGGCGGGAGGCGGCGCUGACGCGGCCGCGCGCGGUCACGUGGGUGUGUUGUGGGGGGAGGGCCCGCGCGGUCGGUUCCGGGCGGUUGAGCGAGCGAAGAGACGAGCCAGCGAGAGGCAGCCGCGCCCGCCGCCGCGCUCUGUAUGCCGCGUUCCCCCGGCGCACCCGCCGCCGAUAGUCUGAGCCGGAGGAGCCGCCGCCGCCGCGGUUGAUGUGGUUGGGCCGGGGCUGAGCAGGCCGCCAAGAUGCCGCAGUCCAAGUCCCGGAAGAUCGCCAUCCUGGGCUACCGGUCUGUGGGGAAGUCCUCAUUGACAAUUCAGUUUGUUGAAGGCCAGUUUGUUGACUCCUACGAUCCAACCAUAGAAAACACUUUCACGAAGUUGAUCACAGUUAAUGGACAAGAGUAUCAUCUCCAGCUUGUAGACACAGCGGGGCAGGAUGAAUAUUCCAUUUUUCCUCAGACAUACUCCAUAGAUAUUAAUGGUUAUAUUCUUGUGUAUUCUGUUACAUCAAUCAAAAGUUUUGAAGUAAUUAAAGUUAUCCAUGGCAAGUUGUUGGAUAUGGUGGGGAAAGUGCAGAUACCAAUUAUGUUGGUUGGAAAUAAGAAAGACCUGCAUAUGGAACGGGUGAUCAGUUAUGAAGAAGGAAAAGCUUUGGCGGAAUCUUGGAAUGCAGCUUUUUUGGAAUCUUCUGCUAAAGAAAAUCAGACUGCUGUUGAUGUUUUUAAAAGGAUAAUUUUGGAAGCAGAGAAGAUUGAUGGAGCAGCUUCACAGGGAAAGUCUUCAUGCUCGGUGAUGUGACGGUUCUGCUGCAGAACCUGCAGAGGACACUGGGAAUUGAUUCCACCUGAAGAAGCAGACUGCCCAUCAUCCUUGAAGAUAAAACUAUGCUUCUGUUUUCUUCUGUUAACCUAAAAGAUGUCAUUUGGGUCAGAGGUCCUCCCCUUUCAGAUUAUGUUAACGUCUGACUCUGUCCAAAUGAGUUCACUUCCAUUUUCAAAUUUUAAACAAUCAUAUUUUCAAUUUAUAUAUUGUAUUUCUUAAUAUUAUGACCAAGAAUUUUAUCGGCAUUAAUUUUUCAGUGUAGUUUGUUGUUUAAAAUAAUGUAAUCAUCAAAAUGAUAGACAUGUUACACUACUAUUAACUAGGCUUCAAUAUAUCAGUGUUUAUUUCAUUGUGUUAAAUGUAUACUUGUAAAUAAAAUAGCUGCAAACCUUAA